UUUUCCUUCUUUGUGAAUGUCCAACAUGGAUGCUUUUCAGGGGAUUUUAAAAUUCUUCCUUAACCAGAAAACUGCUAUAGGCUACAGUUUCAUGGCUUUGCUGACUGUGGGAGGGGAGCGGCUUUUUUCCCUUGUGGCUUUUAAGUGCCCCUGCAGUGCUGAGAAUACAGUCUAUGGGCUUGCUUUCCUUUUUGCUCCUGCCUGGGUGUUACUGAUCCUGGGAUUCUUUCUAAACAACAGGUCCUGGAGACUCUUCACAGGAUGCUGUGUGAACCCCAGGAAAAUCUUCCCCAGAGGCCAUGGUUGUCGCUUUUUUUAUGUCCUUGGCCAGAUCACUCUGCAUUCACUGGUGGCUCCAAUGAUGUGGCUUUCGGUGGCUUUGCUAAAUGGGACAUUUUAUGAAUGUGCUAUGAGCGGGACAAAAAGUUCUAGACUCUUGGAGCUGAUUUGCAAAGGCAAGCCCAAGGAGUGCUGGGAAGAACUUUACAAAGUAUCUUGUGAAAAAACCAGCUUGACACCCGCGGACAACGAGGAGCUGAAACUGUCAUUGCAAGCCCAGUCUCAGAUUCUAGGAUGGUGCCUGAUUUGCUCUGCAUCUUUCUUCUCUCUGUUCACCACUUGUUACGGUCGCUGCCGAGCUAAAGUUAGCUACCUUCAGCUGAGUUUUUGGAAGACAUAUGUAGAAAAAGAGAAGGCGCAGUUGGAAGAAACAUUCCUGGACUAUGCCAACAAGCUGAGUGAGAGGAAUUUGAAAUGCUUUUUUGAAAACAAGAGGCCAGAAGCCUUUCCCUUGCCUUCCUUUGCCGCCUGGGAGGCUGCUUCAGAGCUGUAUUCUUUCCACCAAACCCAGCAACACUAUAGCACCCUCCACAAAGUGGUGGAGGAUGGCCUGGAACUUGGCCCAGAGGAAAACGAGACAACAAUGGCCCUUGUGGGUUCCACCCAACAUGUAUAG